CGUAGUAUACAUUAUUCAGAUACGCCUCUUACUUUCUUCUUCUUCAAUUUCUCAAGCGGUGAAGCGCUAUGUUCCGCGUUAGCAACAACCUGGUGGGACUCCUGAACUUGCUGACCUUCGUGCUCUCGAUCCCGAUCCUCGCCGGCGGGAUAUGGCUGAGCCACCAGGCCAACUCUGAGUGCGAGCGCUGGCUGGAGAAGCCCGUGAUCGUGCUCGGCGUCUUCCUCAUGGUGGUGUCCCUGGCGGGGCUGGUGGGCGCGUGCUGCAAGGUCUCCUGGCUCCUCUGGUUCUACCUGCUCGUCAUGUUCCUCCUCAUCCUCCUCCUCACCGUCUUCACCAUCUUCGCCUUCGCCGUCACCAACAAGGGCGCCGGAGAGGUCGUCUCCAACCGCGGCUACAAGGAGUACCGCCUCGGAGACUACUCCAACUGGCUCCAGAAGAGGGUCAACAACACCAAGAACUGGAACAAGAUCAAGAGCUGCUUGCACGACAGCAAGGUCUGCUCCGACUUCGCUAACAAGUACGUCAACGUCAGCGUCACUAAGUUCUACACCGAGAAUCUCUCCGCGCUUCAGUCUGGUUGCUGUAAGCCAUCAAGUGACUGUGAUUUCACCUACGUAGGCCCAACUAACUGGACCAAGACGACUUCGGGUUAUUCUAACCCCGACUGCAACGCAUGGGAUAAUGACCCGGCUGUUUUGUGCUUCAGUUGUGAGUCGUGCAAGGCUGGAUUGUUAGACAACCUUAAGAGUAACUGGAAGAAGGUGGCUGUUCUCAACGUUAUCUUCCUUGUGUUCCUCAUUAUUGUCUACUCUGUUGGGUGCUGUGCCUUCAGAAACAACAGGAAAGACAAUGGUUACUGGAACCGGCAGUAGAGGCUGCUGCUGGUUUAUGAAUUUAUUAUAUGUUAAGUGUGUUACUGUAGAGUGGUUAGCUAGGUGGGCUGCCUCCCUCUUUUUUUUGUAAUUUGCUUUCUGUAAAGCUUUUUGGCUAUUCUUAGUUAUAUUCAUACAGUUUGUCAUGACUCACAUCUUGUUUCUGUCCUUGCUAGUGUAAUAAGUAUUGCUUUUGUGCAUCGUUGCUUCAA